AUGAAAUUAAUAAUAUCAACUAUAUUAAUACUUUUGUUGGUAGAUGUCAAUACCUUUGUCUUCGCGCAACCAAAGGUUCCAACAGGUAUCCCCUUUCCAAAUCGUGUGACUGUUACACAAGGAGGUGGGAUCGCUGGAGUGAACAAAACAGUCGAUUUAGUAUUCUUGGUUGGUGUAGCUACUCCUAGCAACAAAAAGGUUGAUAAGAAACUAUUACAAGACUUUGAUACCUACCUCGAAAAAGAUAGUCAAUUCAGAAGUUUGCCCGAUGUCAGUUCAUUCAAACCCAGUCACCCUGUCGCCGACUCAUUCAAAUACCGUGCAGAAUUUAAAUACAAAAACUCUGAUAAAGUAAAAAGAAUUUAUUGGGAUCAAUUCGCAACAGGCAAACCACACAUUUGUAAUUCAUGUGAAGAACUAGCAACUAAUUAUGGUGCCCCUGUACCAAAAUCCUCCUCAACAACAACAGGCUCACACAACCAGCCUACCUCAAAUAAAUAA